GCACUCAAGCGACCAGACCUGCGAAGGGCGAGAGCGGCGCGGCACCUGGAGUCUCCGGCUGCCCAGACUCCACCUAGGGAGCGACUGGCGAGGUAAGGCGCGCGCCCGACUGGCUCCCGAAACGCGCUGGCUCGCGCUCGCGCUCGCGCUCCGAAUUCAGUCUCAGCACACCCGGGCCUCAGAGCCCACAACAUUUCCCAGCCCAGUGUCGGCCACUAGGAACACAUCGUGCUACAGCGCCUAGGGUUUUGCUUGUUUGUUUGUUCUUAACAGAUGCGUUCGCCUUGUAACGGGCUGCGAGGUGAAAUGAGUCUAUGGAAACGGUUGCCAGGACCGGCAAACGGCCGUUCCCGGAAGUCCUUGCACGCUUUGGUAACAAUGAAACGACUGGACCAAUGCGGCGCCCUUUCCGGUUUUGUUCAGGCUCUGGGAGUUCUUUUUUAGCAAAGUUGCCUUUGACCCCGGAAGUGAGGUUUUCUGGGUUCCUCCCUCCUGCAAGAUGGCAACUGCUGAAGAAGAGUUACUGGUGCCGCGACUGCCCGAGCUUUUCGAAACAGGCAAACAGCUCCUGGAUGAAGUGGAAGUAGCGACUGAACCCACCGGCUCCCGGAUAGUCCAGGACAAGGUGUUCAAGGGAAUGAACCUCCUCGAGAAGGCUGCCGAAAUGUUGUCGCAGCUCGAUUUGUUCAGCCAAAAUGAAGAUUUGGAAGAGAUUGCUUCCACCGACCUGAAGUACCUGCUGGUGCCAGCGUUUCAAGGAGCCCUCACCAUGAAACAAGUCAACCCCAGCAAGCGUCUAGAUCAUUUGCAGCUGGCUCGAAAACACUUUAUAAACUACUUAACUCAGUGCCAUCACUAUCAUGUGGCACAGUUUGAGCUGCCCCAAACCAAGAACAACUCAGCUGAAAAUAACACUGCUAGUUCCUCCAUGGCCUAUCCUAGCCUCGUUGCUAUGGCAUCUCAAAGAAAAGCUAAAAUAGAGAGAUACAAACAGAAGAAGGAGGUGGAGCAUAGGUUGGCUGCACUGAAAUCUGCUGUGGAAAGUGGUCAAGCAGAUGACGAGCGUGUUCGUGAAUAUUAUCUCCUUAACCUUCGGAGGUGGAUUGGUAUCAGCUUAGAAGAGAUUGAGAGCAUUGACCAGGAGAUGAAGAUCCUGAGAGAGAAAGACUCUAUAAGAGAGGCAUCAACUUCUCCCUCAUCUCUUCAGGAGAGGCCUCCAAUGAAACCCUUCAUUCUCACUCGGAACAGGGCUCAAGCCAAAGUAUUCGGAGCUGGUUAUCCAAGUCUGGCAUCUAUGACAGUGAGUGACUGGUAUGAUCAACGUCAGAAAUAUGGAGCAUUACCAGAUCAGGGAAUACCCAAGGCAUCAUCAGUGGAGUUCAAAAGGGCAGCCCAGCAACAGGAAGAUCAAGAACAAAAGGAGGAAGAAAAUGAUGAGCAAACACUCCAUAGAGCUCGGGAAUGGGAUGAGUGGAAGGACACCCAUCCUAGGGGCUACGGCAACCGACAGAACAUGGGCUAAUCUUUCCACAACACAACAGGACUACAGGUGCACACCUUCCCCACCAAGGAAAACUGUGCUGUCUUCCCCUCCCUGGGCACCUGCUUCCGCUGUCUACAACGAAAGCAAAGAUGCUGAAUCUUGCUUUGCAUUCGGUAAAGUCUCAAACGAUUGUGUGUAUUUGUACCCUAGAUGAUGAGCCAGCAAUCUUGUUUUGGCAUUAUCAUCCUCAUCAUGGUGUAUUCCAAUUUCUUAAGUACAAAGAACACUCAGAAAUGGCUCUAUAUAAUCAAUGGCUGUAUUAAUUCUCCUUAAAAAAAUAAUAAAAAGUCCCUAAUACUACGUGAGCCCGUGCA